CCUCAAUUUUGUGGUGCGACACAUAAUGCAUUCUUGCAACGCGUUCAGCACCUGUGACCAAGGUUUUGUUGAUUCUUUGAUAAAGUGAGAAGGAUACCCAUCACACAAUCAUACCGAAGGCUUAUAAAGAACGAAUACAUGUACCUAUGUCACUCAGUAAUUCCGUGAAGUAAAUAAUUGGCAUUGGAAAAUGAAGUUUAAUAGAUUUACAUAUUUCCUAAUAGUUGUAACGUCUCAAGCCAUUUCGGUAGUCGUAAACGAUGACUCACAUGAACACACAAUACAAAAGCAGGAAACUAUAGACAAGCGAAAGUACACCGAAGUACCAAACAAAUUGAAACUGACAUCAAAUACAAACAUUCGGAACACACCAAAUUUCGAGAACUAUCAAAAUCUACAACAGCUCUACCUGAACAACUGGCGAGAGCAGUACAACUAUAAGAGCUUCCAACUGUUAGGAGCAUGGCCAUACACGAGUUCCAACAAGCAACUGCUCUACAGAAAUCAACGGAAUGUCUACCACCCAUCCUUAGCCAUCUCACACAUAAAACAAAAUUUAUACAAAAACAUCAACUACAUGUACAGAAAGGCUCAUACGUUGUCGCAUAUUAACAGUUAUUAUACAAAUACGGGCGGUAAUAACUAUUACAAGAACUACUACAAUUGGAACAACAUCAACUGGAACAACUACAAUCGGAACAUUUACAAUCAAGGCAAAUCGAGCACCAUCUCCUGCAAUAACGGACAAUGCACCCUUUGUGUCAAUCAGGAAUGUAAAGAUAAUACUAUGUCGCAAAUCAACAGUUAUUACACAAAUACGGUCGGUAAUUAUAAUAACUAUUACAAGAACUACUACAAUUGGAAGAACAUCAACUGGAACAACUACAAUCGGAACAUUUACAAUCAAGGCAAAUCGAGCACCAUCUCCUGCAAUAACGGACAAUGCACCCUUUGUGUCAAUCAGGAAUGUAAAGUAUGUACUUCUUCUAUGGGCACGUGUGAAAUCUGUAGUGGUGGCUCCUGCAGCAGCGUCACCGGAUAGUUGGAAAGGAAACAAAAGAUUUCGAUGCCUUAUUUCUCGAACUCGAAUCUUAUAAAGAGUGAUUAUUGAGGAGAUGCCAAAACUUUCUAUUUAUUUUAAAUUUAUUAUCAAGGGUGUUAAUUUGGAUGCAUUACUUUAAGAAUAUUUAGAAGACAGUGCGUAAUAUGAAGGAAAUGUGAUGUGAAAUCAGCCUGCAAAAUUUGUAUAUACAAUCCAUUUUUUGCAUUUCAGUAACUUUAUGCUUUAAGAUACGAGUUUGAGAAAGCAAGGCGAUGAUUUCUAUCUUAAGGCUGUUUCAACCAGACAAUCAAAUUUGACGUAGUAAAUCUGUUUGCACGUUCGUAAAUAAUAUUGUAGUUUACCACAGACCACAUAUGUUUACCAUUUAGCGACGAGUGAAUAUAAUAAAUAAAAUUAAAGCAUUCUUUACGUAAUAGUCUUACAACAAAGUAUUGAUGGGAUCUUCGCAGCAUAGUGGGCAAAUCAAAUUCUUCAACGAAGAAAUAUUUAUCAUCGAGCCCAGACAUAUACUUACAUACCAAUAUAACUUUUUUUAUAAAAAAUAAAAACUCAAAAGUUUGUGUAAUUACACCUAAGUUUUAUCGAAAUCGUUAAGGGAAAGUAGGUGAAAUCCGAUAAACCGUAUUCAUUCCUAAUUUGC